AUGUAUGAUCCUAUCGAUUGCAUCACGAAUUAUUGUGAUGGCGGAAGCGAUACAGGAGGUAAUGGAGGUAAUGGAGGAACUGAAGUUCAUGUUGACGGAAAUAGUAACGGAGGUUUAAACGGAAAUAGUAGCGGAGGUUUUUACAGAAAUAGUAGCGGAGGUUUUUACGGAAAUAGUAACGGAGGAGUACAAGUAUCCCCAUUCUAUAGUACGAGAUAUUAUUCAACCCCAAUUGGAAAUAUUUUCCUGAACAUAAAUACGAUCCUGAGCGACAAUAAUGGUAUCCCGAAUAGUCGAAAUCUCGAACGUAUCAUCGCCAUUCUGAAAGAACAGCAUCCGAACGUAUAG